CCUCGAAAAAUCCAACAGAUUUGCUGUGUCCUUCACUAAACCCUAACCUCUCUUCGCACACUCGUCUCGCUCAACUCACACUUCCCAUCUGCCCUUUGCUCCUCUGUUCUACCAUGGCAACCGGCUACGACUACGACGACGCCACUGCCGUCAAUUACGAUGACCAGGGGGGUCCUCAACGUCAAGACCUAGGCUACGACCCCAAUUUCGUCCCAGAUUCGGUGAAAUCCUUCGUCGUGCAUCUUUACCGCCACAUUAGGGAGAAGAAUGUGUACGAGAUCCACCAGAUGUAUGAGACCUCGUUCCAGACCUUAUCGGAGCGUCUCUUCAAGGAAACUCCAUGGCCUUCUGUUGACGCCGUCGCGCACUACGUCGACAAUGAUCACGUUUUCUGCCUCCUCUACCGCGAGAUGUGGUUCCGCCACUUAUACGCUCGCCUCUCGCCUACUCUUAAGCAGAGGAUCGAUAGCUGGGAUAACUAUUGCAGCCUUUUCCAGGUAGUGUUGCACGGCGUAGUCAAUAUGCAGUUACCGAACCAGUGGCUGUGGGAUAUGGUGGAUGAAUUUGUUUACCAGUUUCAGAGCUUUUGUCAGUAUAGAGCUAAGAUGAAGAACAAGACUGAGCAAGAAAUUGCGCUUUUAAGACAACAUGAUCAGGCUUGGAAUGUAUAUGGAGUGCUCAACUUCUUGCAAGCACUUGUAGAGAAGUCGAUGAUCAUUCAGAUUUUGGAGCACGAAAAGCAAGGACUUGAACAGUUUACUGCCACAGAUGGUUAUGAUUAUAAUGGUGGGAGUAAUGUCUUGAAGGUGCUAGGGUAUUUCAGCAUGGUUGGUUUGCUGCGAGUUCAUUGCCUUUUGGGUGACUAUCAUACUGGCCUGAAGUGCUUACUUCCCAUUGACAUUAGUCAACAAGGUGUUUACACCAGUGUUAUUGGAAGCCACAUAACUACCAUAUAUCAUUAUGGAUUUGCCAAUCUUAUGUUGCGCAGGUAUGUGGAUGCUAUUCGCGAGUUCAAUAAAAUUCUGUUGUACAUUUACAAGACCAAGCAGUAUCAUCAGAAAUCUCCACAAUAUGAGCAGAUACUUAAGAAGAAUGAACAGAUGUAUGCCUUGCUGGCAAUUUGUCUUUCGCUUUGCCCCCAAGUAAAGCUUGUUGAGGAAACAGUGAAUUCUCAAUUGCGGGAAAAGUAUGGUGAAAAGAUGAUUAGGAUGCAAAGAUAUGAUGAUGAGGCAUUUGCUAUUUAUGAUGAACUUUUCUCAUAUGCAUGCCCUAAGUUCAUUACGCCCUCAGCUCCAAGUUUUGAGGAGCCUCUUAUAAAUUACAACCAGGAUGCAUACAGAUUGCAGUUGAAGCUAUUUCUUUAUGAAGUGAAGCAGCAACAGUUGUUAUCAGGUGUUCGGACCUUUUUAAAGGUGUAUUCAACCAUAUCCCUUGCAAAGCUUGCUAAUUACAUGGAAGUGGAUGAACCCACACUAAGGACUAUCUUGAUGACAUAUAAACACAAGACUCACGCUGUUGAUUCCGAGGGAAAGAUAAUCUCUAAUGCUGAUGUUGAUUUCUACAUUGAUGAUGACAUGAUUCACGUAAUUGAAUCAAAACCACUGAAGCGGUAUGGUGAUUACUUUUUGCGUCAAAUUGUCAAGCUUGAAGGGGUGAUAAAUGAUAUGGAUCGGAUAAAGCUGGAGUGAGGCAUUGAACUUACUAGAAUUUGAUCCCUGCGGCAACGAUUUUGCUUUAAGAUUAUCAUUUUCCUGCAUAUUCUUUUUGGAAUUAGAGCAACAUGGUUAGCUUUGGAAUGCAAUUUUCCCCAUAUUCUGCCAUGUAGGAUAAUUAAUUUAUUCGGAAUGCUGUACACUUGAAGGUUUGUGACUGAAAAGAUAGCUCUUUUGAAAAAAAAAAUGCCAUCCAGAUGUGUAUUGUUAGCAUGCAUUUUUAAUUGGAUUGGUGGUGAGCGUGCCAAGUGAGUCUAUGAAAUAUUAGUAACUAACAAUUUAGUAAUGAAUUUAGCCUUAAUUUGUGCUAUUAUUAUUGGUUUUUA